CAUGAAAUUAUUUAAAUGAUAACAAAAUUAACAUCUUCUUUUCGAUUGAUUCGAUUCUUCAACUCUCUCUCUUCUUCAUCUUCAUCUGCUUCUUCUUCUAUCUACUUCUGCGAAACCCUAGAAUUUGGAAUAGGGAAGAAGACUUCAAUGGCGGAAGUAGCAGAGAACGUUAACGCUGUGCCGGUUUCGGAAGACGAGGUGUAUGGAUUUAAACGGGAAGAGAUGUACAGUGGUACUCUCGCUGGUUCCGUUGGUCCGUACGGUCGCCAUGUUUUCCUUUGUUACAAGAGUCACGAGACUUGGCUUGCUCGUGUUGAAACUGAAGGUCUUCCGCAGCGUUUCGCUAAGUCGUUUAAGGAUCGCAAAGCUGAUUUCGGAGUUGAGACGAAGCUGACGGUGUGUGGUGGUGGUGAAUCGGAUGGAGAUGUGUUGAUGUUCCCGGAGAUGGUUAGAUACAAGGCGAUUCAGGAGACAGAUGUGGAUGGUUUUGUGGAAGAUGUGCUUGUGAAAGGAAAACCAUGGACCUCUGGGAUUCAAGAAGAGUUAACUGGUUCCUUUGUGUUUGUGUGUGCUCAUGGUAGCCGCGAUAAGAGAUGUGGAGUUUGUGGACCAGCUCUUAUGGAGAAGUUUGAGCAGGAGAUAGAGUCACGCGGACUUUCAGACAAAAUCUUCGUAUUGCCAUGUUCUCAUAUUGGUGGGCACAAGUAUGCUGGAAAUUUGAUUGUCUUCAGCCCUGAUUCAGCUGGAAAUAUGUCUGGCCAUUGGUAUGGUUAUGUGACUCCUGAUGAUGUACCUGCAAUGCUUGAUCAACAUAUCGCGAAAGGAGAAAUCAUACAAAACCUUUCCAGGGGAGGGAUGAGACUCAGAGCCGAAGGUGAGGAAGCUGAGAAAGAAGAUGAGCAUAAAAUCCCAAACGGAAACAGCAUAGUGGAACCACGUGAACCUGUGGAGCAGAAAGAGGGAUUCACAGGAGGUUGCUGCCAAGGUGCAAACGGAGUUUCAUGUUGCCAAGAACAAGCUCCAGAGCCAGAGAAGAAAGAAGGAUGCACGAAGCUAAACUGGUUGAGAUCGAUGGGAAAAGAAGAGGUUCUCUUGGGAGCAGCAGCAGUAUCAGCUGUCGCAACCAUAGCCGUGGCAUACAGCAUUUACAGAAGGUCAGGUUAAGACCCAAGAAACUGAACCACCCCUCCUCUUUCUUACCAUUUUCAAGAAGAGAGUAUAAACAAAAAAAGGAAAAAAACUUUUAUUUUUGGUAGCCAUAUAUAUAUAUAGCAGUAAAGGACAAAAAGAAAAAGAAAAAACAUGGAGAGGUAAUAAUAUUUUGGAACUUGGGAUGGCAAAUUUGGUUUUGGUAUGGCAAAUACAGGAAUUUGGGAUUGUAAUCUGCAUUUGACUCGGUUUAGUUUAGUUCUCUUGAACCCUUUCAUAUUUGACAUUCAUAUACAUAUCAAAGCUGCUUAUGUUUUAGA